CGCAUUUCCAGCUUGACGAACCUCGUACUGAUAUGGCGGCCACCUUGGUAUGCGACUCUUUCGUGUUCGACCCACGGCCCGAUUAUCAAUUCCGCCUUGCCAUCAAACGCUACCGGGACCUAAAUAAUAACCAUACUGACGAUGACGCUCUAACGCUUGUCUUUGCCCACUGUGUUGGAGGGCACAAAGAACAGUGGGAGCCAACCCUGGAGCACCUCUACGAUUUCGUCAGCCGCGAGCCCAAUCUGAAGAUACGCGAAGCUUGGUGCAUUGACGCGCCAGAUCAUGGAGAUUCGAGCAUAUUCAACGAUCAUCUCCUGACCUCGGCGUUGGACUGGAGGCCAGAAUCAUCUCUUGGUUGGGAAGACUAUGCACGGAGCAUACACGCCUUUUUAUCCGGUCUAGGCAGUGGUAUCGAUGUCGACUUCCGCUCACGCAAACUCGUCGCCGUUGGUCAUUCGCUCGGCGCGGUCGCAUUCGUACUUUCGACCCCUUACCUCCCCAAAGUGAAAUUCUUGUCUAUGAUCCUGAUUGAGCCAAUGAUCAUACGAAAACCAAAGCCCGGUGAAUUCAAGAUGGAGUACUCUGAGAUAAUUGCGAAACGAAGGGACAUCUGGCCCAGCCGCGAAGAAGCCAUGCGCUUCUUCACAUCAGAGAAGCAGUGGCAAGGCUGGGACCCUCGUUCCUUCCAGAUCUAUGCUGACCAUGGUCUCAGAGAUCUUCCCACAGAGACCUACCCUAAUCUCACUCAGGGCGUAACAUUGAAGUGCACAAAGCGGCAAGAAGCGGCACUUUAUCGUGACCGCUUAUGCUCGCUGCGAGCUUUCCAAUACUUGCAUGUCCUCUGCCAACGCAUUCCAGUUCACCUGAUCCAUGGAGAGCAUGCGGACUUUAUACCUCGUUAUUUCCAAGAAGACAUACUGAAAGUGGCUACGCGCGGACAUCAAGCCACAUCGAGCAAAGUCCCUGGUGGAGGACAUAUGGUCGUACACACACAUCCAGAAGAGACGGACAAACGGGCAAGGCUGUGAACCGCUGGACCAUUUAAGCAUGCUGCCUUGUGCAAUGUACUGUCGUAAAUCAGAUAUUCUUAAAGCUGUGUACCUCAAACAUGCACAUAGAUGACAGUCUCCUGAGUUCGUGUUCUGUUGGAGGCGCCAGAACUCGGACCUCGCCUAAUCCUGUACCACUUUUC